UCCCCGCGUUCAGUCUGGCUGGCCCCAUGUUACUGAGCGGAGCUCCUCCGGCUGGCUCCGGCCCGGGGCCGCGGGCGCAGGGGAGCGCAGGGGGCGGCCCGGGGGGAUCGCGCCGGGGCGCCGGGGGUGCAGGAGCCGGCCCAGGAGGGGGUAGCAGCGGCGGAGUGGCCAAGUGGCUCCGGGAGCAUCUGGGCUUCCGCGGCGGGGGCGGCGGCGGAGGUGGAGGCAAACCGGCGCCCCCCGAACCGGACUACCGCCCCCCUACACCCUCCCCGGCCGCACCCCCCGCACCACCCCCGGACAUCUUGGCCGCCUACCGACUGCAGAAGGAGCGCGACUUCGAAGACCCCUAUUCCGGGGGGCCGUCCGGCUCCGCUGCCCUAGCCACCCCUGCCGUCCCCGGCCCCACGCCGCCUCCGCGUCACGGCUCGCCCCCCCACCGACUUAUUCGGGUCGAGACCCCUGGCCCCCCAGCGCCCCCUCCUGAGGAAAGGAUCUCUGGACUUCCCGCCAGCAGCGACCGGUUGGCAAUCCUGGAAGACUAUGCAGACCCGUUUGAUGUUCAGGAGACUGGUGAAGGCCCAGCAGGAGCUUCAGGAGCCCCAGAGAAGCUCCCUGAAAAUGAUGGCUACAUGGAGCCCUAUGAGGCCCAAAAGAUGAUGGCUGAGAUCCGGGGCUCCAAGGAGACAGCAGCUCAGCCCCUGCCUCUGUAUGACACACCCUAUGAGCCAGAGGAGGAGGGGGCCACCCCAGAGGGUGAAGGGGCCCCCUGGCCCCGGGAGUCUCGCCUGCCUGAGGAUGACGAGAGGCCCCCCGAGGAGUAUGACCAGCCCUGGGAAUGGAAGAAGGAACGGAUUUCCAAAGCCUUUGCUGUUGACAUUAAAGUCAUCAAAGACCUACCUUGGCCUCCACCGGUGGGACAGCUGGACAGCAGCCCCUCCCUGCCCGACGGGGACAGGGACAUCUCCGGUCCAGCCUCACCCCUCCUUGAGUCCAGCCUGGAGGACAGCAGCGCUCAGUUUGAAGGAUCUGAGAAGAGCUGCCUGUCACCUGGCCGGGAGGAGAAGGGGCGGCUCCCUCCCCGACUCUCUGCAGGGAACCCCAAGUCAGCCAAGUCCCUAAGCGUGGAGCCCAGCAGCCCCCUGGGGGAGUGGACAGACCCAGCAUUGCCUCUGGAAAACCAGGUCUGGUACCACGGGGCCAUCAGUCGAACAGAUGCCGAGAACCUGCUCCGGCUGUGCAAGGAAGCCAGCUACCUGGUGCGCAACAGUGAGACCAGCAAGAAUGACUUCUCCCUGUCCCUCAAGAGCAGUCAGGGCUUCAUGCACAUGAAGCUGUCCCGGACCAAGGAACACAAGUACGUGCUGGGCCAGAACAGCCCGCCCUUCAGCAGCGUCCCUGAAAUCGUGCACCACUACGCCAGCCGCAAGCUGCCCAUUAAGGGGGCUGAGCACAUGUCCCUGCUCUACCCCGUGGCCAUCCGGACUCUGUAGGUGUGAGGCAUGGACACUGUGACAGAUCCGGACUCAGCCCUGUGCUCAUCCCCUGCCUAAGGGCUGUGGCCCUUUUUGGGCCCCAAGAUCUCAUACCUUUCUUCCCCCGUGCUUGGAAUACUGGAAGGUGGAGAUUCCUUAAUUUAUUCUAAAGGGGAAGGGCUACGGGGGCCUUGGAGGAAGAGGUGGUCUGGAGCUGAGGAUAAAGGAAUCCCUGGGGAGAAAGGAUGGCACUUGGAAGAAGGGGACUUUAGAAUCUUCUGGUCUCCUGAGGAGUUUAAGAUCGAGAGCUCCCAGCUCCUUUCAGCCCCUAGGGCAGAGGUGGGAUCUCCUUAGCCGCCUCUGCUCUUUCCCGCCACUCUCUUGCCCUGGGGUGGCGGUGUGGAUGUGGGGUGGAGCUGAACGCAGUAGCCCCGCGGGGCGCCCUGACCAUCUCCAUCUUUCUCCGCCUCCACCCUUAAACCUCGGCGGGUUCCGCCCAGAGUCUGGUGCGGGCUUUGGGAAGGCAGACCCUUGGGAUGGAGAUGGCAUUGGGGGUGGGGAAGGAGGGGAAGGACUCGGCUGGAGGGAACUUGUGCGGGCCCCGGCCGACCCGGCUCCGGGCCAGAGGCAAUAAAUAAACCCGGUCCUGCCAGGCA